UACGCGUUCCUGUUUAGCUUGUUAGUUGUCAAACUUUGUUGUGCACUGAUAAAGUUGGUGAUAUUUUUGCAUGGUGUUUUAUAAGUAUCCGAAACGCAUCUUAAGAUCCAUCUAAUCAUCCAAAGCAAAGAAAAAAUUUUUGCGGCAUUUUGGUGUCAAGCUGUUUGUUUUGAAGGAAAUGGCAUCCUGGAGCAAGCUCAACGAUGUCUACCCUGAAAGGAGCCGCUAUCGACCGCUUCCUCUAUCUGCUGAAUAGACGCAUUCCCUUCCCGGUAGCGCUCAGAGAGGCACGCAAUCCAGAGUCAACGCUACUUUUCCCAGAGGAUGACCUGCUGGAAUAUCUACACUCACAUCCCGAUCCGUGGGUGUACGACACCGUUAAGGCCAACAGCACCGUGUUUGCUGCUGAUUUCCGGAAGGCGUUUAGCUACUAUUUGGGUUGGGGUAAAACCAUCGAAUGGGCGGCUGAUGCUGCACUGCGUCGAGCAGACUCGAUGGCAGCGACACGGUACUCCCAACCGCCGAUUCGACGUCCGCAAGCGACGAAAUUGGGCAAAAUUCGAUUGGCAUUUGCCAACACAAACGGAGCGCCCGUCACCCUUGAAGAGUUCUCUGCAGUGGCGGCAUCAAUCAGGAAGAAAAUUGAGCGCAACAAAGAUAUAUACAACGAGGAGCUGGACAUUGUUCCGCACAUCGUGGAUAUGAACCAUAUGAAUAUGUUAGGCUACAUACGAAUCAAGUGUGUCGAUAAAGCAACUGUUCAGUGGUUGGCUAAUUUGCUGUCUUUGGCUCCAGUGUCGAAAAGUGAAUCAGUUCUUCUGAUGCUCGAGUGGAAAUUUCACCGUUCAUGCAUUUAUUCGGCCAACCUCGAAAACAGUGUUGAUGACGACGCCGUUACAAUUAUUGAGAAUCUUAAAAAACAUAAUCCUGACGUGAAAAUGUUCAAGUGGAAGAUUAUUUCUCGACAUUUGCUGGAAGAUCAGAAAACCGUAUAUAUUCAUGCUCUAAUUCCUAGGUAUAAUGUGAAAAUUCUCCAGCUUAAAAAUAACGAGCUAAAGUACAAGCAAAGCAAGGUUAAAUUUACGAUGCGUACGGUAGAUGAAAGUAUCAGAAAACCGGAGAAAGUUGGUCUUCAAGGCGUUUUUCCUGAAUAUGAAGGCAAUUUUCUAGAGAUCAUCGAGAGCGAAAACGACAUCGACACCUUCAAGUGGAAAGUAGCUAAGCACGGUCAACUCACGGAGAACGGCGUAACUUACGUUUGGCUAAGAUUCAAAGUUGAUGGACUCUCGGGGGAUGUGAUCAAGCAUUCCAACAAUGAGAUAAGCUUCAUGUCGCAAAAAAUUACCCUUUAUAAAAAACUGAAUAAAACGUGGAUUGCAAAGUUCAAAAAUGAAAUUAAACAAUAAUUUUGUAAAAUACUCUGUCAUAAAGCUAUAGUAAAAUAAAAUGAAUUGAAUUAAA